UCCUUCUUCUUUUGCAGCUUUUUUCUUUUCUUCUUCCUUUGAUCGAUCCUCUUUCCAGCCUUACGGAUAAGAUAAGAUCUUCCCAUGCUUCGCACAUAAACAGCAUGGAGCAGCAGCAGCAGCAGCAGCACGAGGCCAAGCAUUAUGCCGGCGAUCCCGCGGCGAUUGAGUUGCAUUCCCCCUCCGACGGUCGUCGUUCGUCUGUCUCGGCCCCGAUCAAUGCUUCCGGCCACAAGCAGGAGCUGGAUCGGAAUUUUGGCUUCAUCAAUAUCUGUGGUCUGGCUUUGACCAGUGGAAAUACCUGGAUCGCCCUGGGUGGAAGUAUUGUCACAGCUAUCUAUGAUGGCGGCCCGCCCGGUGUCAUCUAUGAGAUGAUCGCUGCCUCCUUCUUUUACUGGUUCAUCGCCGCCUCCCUAGCCGAGCUGGCCUCGUCCAUGCCAUCCUCCGGUGGAGUCUACCACUGGGCAACCAUCACCGCUGGUAGAUACGGACGUCCGGUCGGCUUUUUCGCCGGAUGGUGGAACUUCCUGGCCUGGAUCUUCGGCGCCGCAUCUACGACGCAGAUUCUAGGCACACAGGUGGUGUCGGCCUACGCGCUCUUCCACCCCGAGUACACCAUCCAGCGUUGGCACGUUUUCAUCGCCUACCUGAUUUGCUCGAUCGGCUGCUGUCUGACCGUCGCCUUUGCCAACCGGGCGCUUCCCAUGAUCGAAUCCGUCGGUGGGGCAUUGACGGUGGCUGGCUUCCUGAUCACGGUGAUUGUGUGCGCGGUGAUGCCGCACGUCAACGGCCAACCCUACGCGACCGACGACUUCGUCUGGAGAGACUGGCUCAAUGAAGCCGGCUACAGCAGCAACGGUUUCGUGUUCUGUUUGGGAAUGUUGAACGGAGCGUUUGCCGUCGGCACGCCGGACGUGAUCUCGCACCUGGCGGAAGAGGUCCCGCAACCGGGCAAGAACAUCCCCAUCGGCAUGCUGGCACAGUACGUCAUGGGCUUCUUCACGGCGUUUCUCUAUCUCAUCGUCAUCUUCUACGGGAUCACGGACCUGGACGCCGUCCUCGACGCCCCCUACCUCUACCCCUUGACCGAGAUCUACGUCCAGAUCACCGGCUCCCGCGGCGGCUCCCUGGGUCUGAUCAUUGUCUCGCUCCUCCCCUUGGUCGUGGCCAUCAUUGGCUGCUACCUCACCUCCAGCCGUGUCCUGUGGACGCUCGCCCGCGACGGCGCCACCCCCUUCAGCGGCUACCUCCGCCGCGUCGAUCCGACGCACAAGAACCCCCUCGCCGCCGUGCUCGUCAGCGGCGUCAUCCCCCUCGUCCUGGGUUGUAUCUACGUCGGCAACUCCACCGCCUUCAGCGCGUUCGUCAGCUCGUUCGUCGUCCUCACCACCAUCUCCUACCUCGCGGCCAUCCUGCCGCACCUCCUGCGCGGGCGUCAGGGCAUCCCCCGCGGGUGGUUCUGGAUGUCCGGCCCCGUGGGCUUCAUCGUGAACGGUGUCACGUGCGCCUUCAUCAUCGUGUUCAUCGUGAUCUUCUGUUUCCCGUUCUCGAUGCCCGUGGAUGCCGAGACGAUGAACUACACGUGUCUGAUCACGGGCGGGUUCACGAUCCUGAUUGCGGGCAUCUGGGUGGCGAAGAAGGGGGAUUACCAGGGUCCCACGGUGGUGGCGAUCGAGAGUGAGGCUUUGGCUAAGGAUGCUAUCUAGUUUGACUUUUUUAGAUGGUAAUCGGCAGGAGCAGAGCAAUGAUGUGAUUGUAUAGUAUAUUUUAAUUUUCUGAUGAAGGGGGAUUUUCUAGAUCUAGAGGUAAUCUAAAAGUCGUCGAUUCUGU